CCAAUGAAAUCCACCGAAAUACCGUACUUUGAGAUCCAACGCACACUACAUACGUUGCCUGUGUAUGGCAUCUUUCACUUUCACCACCACAGCACACCUCUUUCAAACACAAAAAUCAAAAAAGAAAAUCUAUUUUAAAACACAAACAAAUUUCAUCUUUUUAAAACUCAAGGGAAUAUGGAUCUUAAUGGAGAGAAACAAGAGAGUGAAAGGAAGGUUUGGACUCUUUGUAAGAUGCCCUUUUGGCAAACUAGCAAUGCCACUUCCUCUUCUUCCUCCUCUUCCUCUUCCUCUUCUUCUUCCACUUGCACGUCUUCCAGUUCUAUGAGCAGUAAUAAUAGUAUCACCGGCAGUAACGCUUGCCAGCAGAGCCAGACUCACCAGCUAGGAGGAGCAGAGAGAUCGAUUGUUUAUUCUACCAAUGCGGUGUCUCUUGUAGCCAAGUCUCUUUUGCCAACAAGAAGAAGACUUAGGCUUGAUCCUUCUAACAAGCUCUACUUUCCUUAUGAACCGGGUAAACAGGUGAGGAGUGCUAUUGGCAUUAAAAACAUUUCUAAAUCUCAUGUGGCUUUCAAGUUCCAAACAACUGCACCAAAGAGUUGUUACAUGAGACCUCCCGGAGGUAUACUUGCUCCAGGUGAAAGUCUUAUUGCUACUGUAUUCAAAUUUGUGGAGCCUCCUGAGAACAAUGAGAAACCAUUGGAUCAAAAAAGCAGGGUCAAGUUCAAGAUCAUGAGCUUAAAAGUCAAAGGAGAAAUGGAAUAUGUGCCUGAGAUGUUUGACGAGCAGAAGGAUCAAGUAGCUGUUGAACAAAUUUUGCGUGUCAUUUUUCUUGAUCCGGAAUGCUCUAACCCUGCACUAGAAAAACUUCGGAGACAAUUGGCUGAAGCAGAAGCUGAGCUAGAGGCACGCAAGAAGCCUCCUGAAGACACAGGCCCCAGAGUUGUAGGUGAAGGGCUUGUUAUUGAUGAAUGGAAAGAGCGAAGGGAAAGAUAUCUAGCCAGACAGCAGAUUGAAGUGGAUUCUGUUUCUAUAUAUGCCUGUUGGUGUACGGGUGGAUGUUGCUGUGUGCAAGAGAGCUGUUAGACAUCGAAGUUUGUAAAAGCAAAUUUUGCCAUAUGAUCAUAGGAUAAA